AUGAGCGGAUUAGAAGAUAUUCCUGAAUUUUAUGAUGAUCCAUAACAACCAACAAAAUAGGACAUAUAAAAAUAUGACAAUUACAAUGUCUCAUAAUUCAAAAACUUUGGGCUAAAGGAGGAGCUCUUACGAGCCGUAAAAGAAGCCGGGUUCGAGCAUCCCACUAGAGUCCAAGCGGAAUCGUUGACAAAUGCAUUAUAAGGGGAACAAUUGAUUUGCCAAGCAAAAGCAGGAACAGGAAAGACAGCUGUAUUUGUUCUAACUGUACUGAAUACGAUCAACACUGAAAGCAAUAAAGUGGAAUGUCUUGUAAUUACUCACACAAGAGAGUUAGCCCAAUAAGCUCGGGAUGAGUUUUUAAGAUUGGGAAAGUUUAUGAAAAGUAUCAAAGUUGAGUGCUUUUAUGGAGGAGGAGAGCCAGUGACUGUAAAUAUAUCCACAAUCGAAACAGUGAAGCCAUAAAUAGUAGUUGGUACUCCUGGACGUCUUAAGGAUUUGAUUUGUGAGAAGAAAGCAUUGAAAGUAGAUAGAUUGAAGUACUUUAUAUUGGAUGAAGCCGAUACAAUGAUAGAAGAUUUAAAUAUGAGAAAGGACAUCUAAGACAUCUUCUUACGUACACCACAAGAUAAAUAAUUUAUGGCAUUUAGUGCAACCUUUACUGAAUCAAGCAGAACAUCACUCAAAAAGUUCAUAGCUGAUAAUAAACAUAUUUAUGAAAUUACAAUCAAACCUGAACAACUCUUUUUGGAUAAGUUGAAGUAAUACUAUUUGAAAGUGCCUGAAACUCUUAAAUUCCAUUAUUUGAGAUAAAUCUUAAAUACAUGCAAAUUAAAUCAAUGCAUCAUCUUUGUGAAGAGCUCAGAAAAGGCUGAUGCAUUAGUUGCUGAACUCAAAAAGAAGGGAGAGGAUUCAGUCAGAUAACUCUAUGGUGGUAACAGAUUGGGACCGGAUCACUAAAAAAUGAGACAGAAGACUUAUGAAUAGUUUAGAAAUGGACAUUUCAGAUUACUGGUUGCAACCAAUCUCAUGGGAAGAGGUAUUGAUAUAGAUAAGGUUAAUUACGUCAUCAAUUUUGAUAUGCCUGACUCUUUGGAAACUUAUUUACAUAGAGUAGGAAGAGCUGGUAGAUAAGAGACUAAUGGAGUUGCAAUCUCUUUUGUUAAAUAUGAAGAAGAAACUUCAGAUGGUAAAAAGCAAACAGACGAUGAAGUUUUAUAAUAGAUCCUUAAAUAAUAUCCAGACAAAUUAUAAUAAUUGCCUUAGGAUUUAUCCACAUUAGACAAGUUCUGAAAAUGAUAGUAUUACAUAAAAUAAUAAAAUAAAAUAUAUA